AUGGAUUUUUCACCGGAAUCUGUUUAUUCUUUGCUAACUGAACUCGGGUUCCCAGUUACUAUGGAGGAUCUUAAAAACCCAACUGAACCAUUUAUGAUUAAAUUUCUCACAGAUUUUUGCCAAAGAUUUCACAUUGAUGCCCUGACACUGACUCAGCUGGCAUUUGAGCAAGUUGAGCUUUUAAAAGUCACCGGUGAGCAAAACGCAUCUCACGUGAUAGCUUUAUUGAACCUAAGUGAAGUAAUCAGCAUCAUCGGUGAGAAAAUAUUUGUUAAAGAUUUUUCUGUGACAGACAUCACAGCACCUGGAGCUAAGCGCACCAGGAAAAUAAUAAAAUUCCUCGCUAACUUCGCUUUGUAUGCCGAGGGUGCGUCCAUCAAGAUGCAAGAAGAGACAGACAAGAUUUUUGCAAAGGCUCAGGAGAUUGAGAACACCAAGAAGAAGUCGGAUGAGAUGAAGGAACAAAUGAACAAAAAAGCCGCGGAUAUGGCUGCCAUGAUGGCUCAAAUUGAGGCGAAUAACAAGAAAUCGGAAGAAAUUAAAGCCAGGAUGAAAAGAAGACAGGAAAAAAUAGAAAUGACUCGAAAACAUAAUGAAGAUCUUCUGAAGACUUGCAGUAAGUUGAGGGAGGCUUAUGCUAACAAGUGUAAUGAGGUCAGCAAACUCGAGUCUAUUUCUCAGCAACUCAAGGCUAAGAUUGUUGAUGAUCCUAGCAAAGAACGACUCCGGUUGCAGGAGUUGAUGAAAGAGCAGGCGGAGAAAGAAGAAAAUAAAGCUGCUACUGAGGAAGCUAUUCAGCAAAAGAAACCUGUUAUGUUACAUUUUGAAAAAUUGCUUAAUUUUAUUCAGCAGUCGCACAGUAAACUUCCGGAUACUUUUAAAUGGCAGAAACUUGUUAUGUAA